AUGAGCUACUCUCGCCGAGGUGGCAGCGAGGCUCUCUGGAACGACCUGGAAGCUCAGAUAAAUGCGUCCACCGCUACAAUCCGAAAGGAAUUCCAUAAAAUGUUCAAGGAAAUGGAGAUACGGACCGAGUCAGACAUCCGCGACGAGGCCAAAGAGACGCAAGACAGAAUGAACACUUCCACUCAGAUACUGCAAGCCAAAAUGAACACUUUCAUUCAGAUACUUUCGAAUGAGAAUGCUCAUGUGAGGCGGGACUAUAACAACCACGCCAACACCGUUAAAGCCACGUCCGAUAAAUGGGAAUCUCGCUUUCGACAUCUGAGUUCGCAAUGGAAGCAAGAAGACUGGAGGAACAAGUGCGGUAAUAUGCACGCCCUCUGGAUAGCCUACACCGCGUUCUUCUUCUGCUUGAUCACCUCGGUCAUCAUUCUGGUUACGUUUGUUCCAAGCCAUUACUAUGAUCCUCCAUGCGGAUGUCCCAGGCCACCUAACCACUAG